GAGACAACGUGGGCGGCGUACGUGAGGAAGAAGAAGGAGAUGAUACCUCAGGGCAGGGCCUGCAGAGAUUGUAUGCAAUUGUUGCUUGAUGUCUGGCCAGGCGCUUCAUGGGAGGAUCACGCCACGAAGUACACUGCGAACAUCGAUGACCACAAAACGAAGGUCGACAUGGCGAAGGAGAUCAAGCUGAAGAAGAUUGAGGCUCCGUUCAACCAGGCAGAGGUCAGAUCGACCGAAACUGUGGGUUCCUACUUGUACUGGGAUGGCAUUGUCUUGGACUCGGAUCAAUUCACCAAAAAGUUCUUGCAUACCCACGAAGGCAUCCCGGAUGUAAUGGAGAUCUCGCUCAACAGAAAUUUGGACGGCACAGAAGAAAAAGCAUUCGUAUUCCAAGACCCCGACCAACCCUACCGCAAGAUUCGCUUCUUCAGUCAGUGCGAUUUGUCGAAGAGUAUUGGGUUGUUGCCAGCAGAGAAGCACUUGGUGGAUGGCCAAGCACGGGCCAAGUUCGAUUCGCAGAUGAAGCUAGAUGUUGGAGCUCGGAUCCAGCAGCUCCGAGGAAAUCAAUUCGCCAACCUCCCGACGCUGCAGGCGAUCGAGGAGAACGUCCGCAAGGUCAAGGCGGAUGAGGAUUCGAAGAAGAACAAAGACCUCGAGCAGAUGAAACAAUGGGAAGAGAGGAGGCGAGAGAAGAAAGCUGCCGGAGAAGAGCUUGAUGACAUCGGCAAAGAACUAUUUGAAUCGUCCUCCGAGGCCAGCGACGAAGGGCAAGUAGUCACCACGACACAUGUUCCAAAGGAGCAGGGCAAUGCCAAGACGCUCGCAGGCAAGUCUAAGAAAGGUGCAUCGUCGGGAGCGGCCGCAGCGAGGGCUUCAGUUGCUGGCUCCGUGGCUGGCGACCUCGGCGGCAUCGAGGAGUUGGAGAUCAAAAGCGGGGGCCUGAGUGGAAGCAAGACGGUCGCGUCGAUGAACACCGCCAGAUCGCCUGCCAAGGGAGACGCCCCAUCGGAUCCGAAGGGCGCGGUCGAGCAUUGGAUGAAUCGCGUGGACAUUGAUGACAUUCUCAGGACUGGCGCGAAGCUUGGGAAGGACAUCUUCCAGGCUGGCAAGAAGGCAAUGCAGGAGCACCCGAAGGCUGGUCGCAGCGCAGAGAGGCAUUGCAGAGUCGCAAGGCUGGCCGUCAAUUUAACCAAAGAGCACUUGCCCAAAAUGAAAGUGGCUGAGCUGAAGCAGCACCUGAAGGAGUUGAUAUCCUACAAGAUCGUGCUCCCGCAGUCGCACCAGCUGCUAGUUUGCGCGACGAAGGAAAACGAGUUGCGCCAGUCACCAUCCUUCGCUGGAUUUGCUGAGAACAGCGAUUUCUUUGAACUCUUACGCCUAGACGGUAUUACCAGCACGGGCGGCAGCUCAGGCGAGGGGAACGAGCAGCCUCCUCCGCAGCAUUCACAGCAGCAAGUCAUGCCCACGGCCUCUGAAUCAAAAUUCGACCCCAUGGAACCUAAGUUGAGCGAAGUCGACGGUAUUGAUUUGAGGUCGGCGGUUUCCUUCAUUGACGAGAAGUACAUCAGUGGCAAAAUGCUGUCUGCACUCAUGGCGAAGAAUCACAAAGCCGCUUUGGAUAUUGCCGAGGCGUGCGCUAAGGUCUUGGCCACAGCCUCAGACGGCGAGGUGAUCUCUUCUGCGUCAAUUGCGUGCCGCUGCGUGAUCGCCAUCUUCCACAGCUCGCCCGGCGUUCAGAGGAGCACCAAGGACGACGUCAACAUAGUUCUGGACAGCACAGCCAGCGGCGCGAUCUCUGACGGUGCGGGCGUGAAGCGCGACGAGGACUACUUCAAUGUGUUCAAGGAAGUCUUGGAGGAGAACUACAGCAAGAAGAUCGGCGAGUUUUUCAAGUUCACCAUCGCUGAGCAGACUCACCUGCCAGAACUGACGGCCAUCUGCAACAUAGUCGAGCCCGAGAACCUCGAUGCCAUCAACCAGGCCCUCAAAAAGCUACCAGUCUUGACACAGACAUGCAGGGCGGGUGCAACGAGCGAGCUUGAGACGAAGACGCUCGCGGCCAUCCAGGGCCGCAAGUUGUUGUGCGUCAAUGCUCCCGACUCCACCACUCUGGAUUACUUUGAGGGCUUCAUGAACACAGUUAAGCUUGCCAUCGAGAACAUGCCCCAAAAGGUAGACGAGCUGGUGGCUAUUCGCACUGAGAUUGCGACGCUCCUGCAGAACAGGUCGAAGAGCCACAGGCUGAAGCAUUUGGGCGAGAAUUUGAAGGUGGCCACGGCAGCUCGGAACCUGACCGGAGCCUGGGAGAACUGCAAAGGCAUUGAGCUGCCGCAGUCCGGGGAGUACCCUAUCGAUGAGGCCAUUCCCAAGAUUAUCGCCGGAGCCCGAGUGAAUGUAGUUUCAUCAAGCAUCGAAGCAUUCGAAGAUGUUGACGAGUGCAUCAAAAAGCUCGAGGGCAGGACCAGCAUCAGCAAGAACAUAAAGGAUGAGUUCGAAUUAUACAGGUUGGCAGUUAUGAUGAAGAAGCAUCGCGGUAUGACUGAGGCUCUCAACGCAAAUUCACCACAGCUCCCAGCGGUUGCAAAGAUUAUUGCUGCAUCCCUGAAGUCCUGGAACGACAUGCGGCCGCAGUUUGAGAUCACCGAGUCGAAGGGCGCCGACGACACGAGUAUGGUGAUCGAGAAUUUCAAAACGUUCGAUGCAGAGGUGACGGAACACACGAAAGUCGUGAAGGCAUGCGGCAUGCAGUUCGCAGACGACGCGCUGAGGAAACUAGAUUCUUUCUCUGAACAGUUGCAGCCUGCAGUGGAUAAUGCUAAAUGGAAGGAGGGCCUCGACUCUGCUGCAAACCUGGAGGUCUUGAUAGCUGCCGCAACAGAGAAAGGCAUGUGGAGCAUGAAUGCAGAGACGAUCUACAAACACAUACAGAAGAUGAUGACAGGGCUCGUGGAGUACAACGCGAUCGUGGAUCAGUACGACAUAGAUCAGGAACAAAAUGAAGAUGCAGCAACACAGAAACACCUCAAGGACCUGAAAGAGACCAUGACCACGGCUACUAUCUGCCGCAUGGAGGGGCGGCUCAUGAAGAUAUUCGAGAAGAGAUCUGCGGUCGACGGAGCUGAAAAGAGCAAGAGGUUCCAGCAGCUCAUCAACAAAGAGCUCAAGACGCUCGCCGAUGCAAGCAUCGACGCCCAACUGAUGCACCCGACGAUCAACGAGAUGGUGAGCUCAUCCAUGAGCACAUGA